AUGAGCACUACCAUUUUGGUUAUCGAGCUACUUUUCUUCGUUGGUGUGUUUUCCUAUUAUCUUCCUAGCUUCUCCAGUUCCAAAGCACCAAAUUUUCACGAAUCAACUACGAGGACUGCCAUUCCUGAUGAAGCGAAUAAAAUUGUCGGUGGAACUCCUGCCCUAGAAGGAGAAUUUCCGUACCAAGCUUUCUUGAAUCUCAGUAUUCGUUCAUGUGGCGGAACUUUGAUUUCCCCUUCCAUUGUCUUAACAGCAGCGCAUUGCUUCGAAGGUCUUACUGUUGCUUCUACCAGUGCUUUCACAGUGACCGUCAACACGACGAAACGUAUUGGUGGAAUCGGUGCUGUCAGGAGAGGAGUAAAAAAAUUCGUCGUGCACCCCUUAUUCAAUAAAAAAACAUUUGAUAACAAUGUUGCUCUUCUGGCAUUAAGCUACCCAAUUAAAAACGUCAGGCUAGUCAAACUUCCAUCAGCCUACACCACUAGCACGUACGCGGGUCGGAAAGCCGUCAUUGUCGGAUGGGGAGACACUUCUUCCGGUGGUAGAAAUUCGAAUAAUUUGCUCAAGGCUACCGUCACUGUUUUGACAAACGAAGCUUUCAGUCUGCAAUACAAAAAGUUAAACACCACAAUUACUAACAACAUGGUUUGUGCUGCAGCUCCCGGUAAAGAUACUUGCCAGGGGUGGCCCUUGCUGGUGGAAGGUGUUCAAAUAGGUAUCACCAGCUUUGGCGCGGCCUGUGCUGAUCCUAGAUUUGCAGGCGUAUACACCAGAGUUACUCGCUACAUUACCUGGAUCAAAGCCACUUCAUAUGCGAUUUGA